UGCCAUGUCUCAGCUAAAGAUCGUCUGCUUCGUUCUACUGUCGGUUGCGGUUUUGAUUGAACCGUUGUUGGCGGCACCUAUUUUUUGGUUUCUUCCGUGGAGCUUCACCAGCACUACCACCGGCAGCAGCUCGACCGCCACGUCAGCUUCAUCGAAUGGGGCUUCGAAUUCCUCCAACGUUUCCGUCGCGAUUGGAAACCGCGUUAACACCUCAGCCGGCCUGGACGACUAUGGUACGAACAUAACGAACGUGCAAAUAAACGUGAACCGAAUGCGAAGGGCCAUCACGGAAGUCGACCUAACCGGGCUUAGUCCGGGGCUGAUGGUCCGGGCCCUCGGAGACCUCCCGGCGAAUGGAUCCUUCAUUUCUGUCGGCGAACACACGAUCCACCUACCGGCAAACGUGUCCAAUCUCACCGUCAACACGUACCUCAUCAAUGGAGUUCCUGAGGAGGUGCAAGUGACUACGUCCCCGGGUUCUAGCAGCGAAACUUCGGGUCCGCUGCAGAAUGCCAUUGGCAUAUUUAAGAAGUUCGUAGCGACCCUCUUUGGGACGAAAAACUAAGCUUAGGUGCAUGAAUCUGCAAAAGUGCAUGAAUCCGUUGCAAUUGAAAGUAGACUAACUUAAACGUUUUUAGUUUUUGAAUAAAAUAGGACGCUAGUCUUUAGAGUGAAAACAAAAACCAAUCACCCAACAAUCCGUGCACCAAUCGUGUAACCAACGAUCGUGCACAGCAUUGUGGUUUUUCGAUAAGAAAAAAAAUGCUAAAAAUGCGGCAGCAACACACAGCGGGGCGAUAAAGUGUGUCACUGUUUGAC